UUCACGUUUCUUGUUCACAUUCGUUUGAGAGAGAGAGAGUGAGUGAGCGAGGGAGCGGGAGACAGAGAGCAAGUGAGAAAGCAAUAGAGAGAUACAGAGAGAAACCUAUCGCAGGAACCGAAUCGAAACAAUUGCGAAUAAGGGAAACUCAUUAUAAUGAGGUUGAACCUGAACAACGAAACAACCAACAACAAUAACAGCCACAAAUCGAUAAAAUAAAGCAACUAUUCACGGGUUGAACCGGUGCCUGCAAAUUUGUAUGUUACGGAAACGCUGACAAAUAGACAGACAGACAAAAAGAAAACACCUAUCGAUUGAGAUAUUCAAUGCGAUGGUAUCUCUCUCUCUCCUUCCCUCUCGCUGUAAAACGCACAAAAAUAUUCAAGUAACAAGGCGAUCGGUUUAUUUAUUUUUGUUGUUGUUGCUGUUGAGUGUGUGGUUUGUUUUAUAAUUGGGCAUUGUACUGGCCGAGAAUGGCGAGUGCGGCGCGUGCGAGAGAAAGAGAGGCGGACAGACAGAGACAGCACCGAAGAAACGAAAGAAAAAUAAAUCAAAUGAAUUAAUUGGUGUGUUUUUUUUGUAUAGUAUUUCAUUGUUAUUGCUGUUAUUCGCGCUGUAUUCGCCACGAUAGGUGUAGCAGCAAAAGAAAGCAUGCGGUGCAAUACUUUCGGCUGAUAUAGAUCUCUUUCUUCUCGUUUUGGCUUUGAGUCGUCAUUCACAAUUUUACACUGUCUCGCGAACCGAAUCACAUCAAGCGAUACCAACAACAACCACAGCCACACACACACACAACACCGUAUAUAUUCUGUCGCAAAUAAAACGAAUGAACAAAUAAAUCUACACGAUCUGAACCCCCGAAAAAAUAAAACAACAAUCAAAUGAAAGAAAAGAAACGAAACGAAAGUGGUUUCGAUUUUGUUUGAAUGUAACAUAACGUACACGCUCAGUGCAGUCAAUAACAACAUAUGUGUCGUUUUGUGUGUCGUGCGUAGUUAAUCAUCACUUUAAGAAUAAAAUAAACUGACGAAAUGAGUGGUGUUUGAGAAUUGAGCCGUUUAAAACUCGGUUAAAGUGUUGAAAUUCUUCGAAACGAAAGACAUUUGAAAAUUGUUUUUUUUAACAAAGCUCAAAGAGAUAUACAGUCAACGUGAAAAUAUAUAAACACAAGUUUGAGACCGUGGAUAAGGACUCGUGUCAGCUGAGCUCCGACAUUGAUCCCGUUUGAAGUGCACAAUUUGAAUAAAACAUAGCAGCAAACAGAAGAACACACACACACAAACAAACAAACAAACAAUAAAAUGGGUUACGAGUUGACUCGGUUCCAAGGUGAUGUUGACGAAGAACUUGUUUGCCCCAUUUGUGCUGGUGUGUUAGAGGAACCGCUACAGGCGGCGGUGUGCGAGCAUGCAUUCUGUAGGGCUUGCAUCACCGAAUGGCUAUCACGACAGCCCACCUGUCCCGUUGACCGAAACGCAAUCACAACGACAAAUUUGCGUCCAGUGCCGCGCAUUCUCAAGAAUUUACUAGCCAGACUGAGCAUAUCAUGUGAUAACGCCAUUUAUGGAUGCACACAAAUUUUAAAAUUGGACGCAUUGAGCAAUCAUCUGGAAGAAUGCGAGCACAAUCCAAAGAAACCGUUACCAUGUGAACGUGGCUGCGGCUCAAUUAUACCCAAAGAUGAAUUUAAAGAUCAUAAUUGCAUUCGUGAAUUGCGUGCGGUGAUCCAUUCGCAGCAACAGAAAUUAGUCGAUAUGAAAAAUGAAAUCAGUGAUCAAAAUCUGUUGAUAAAUGAAUUAAAGCGGGAAUUUCAAUUGUUCAAAGAGCUAAUGCGAGCGAUGCGAGUGUCAAAUCCAGCGAUGAGAGCAAUUGCCGAUCAAAUGGAACGCGACGAAGUUGUACGUUGGAGUAAUUCAUUGGCACGUGCACGUGUGACACGCUGGGGUGGUAUGAUUUCAACGCCAGAUGAUGCUUUACAGAUGAUGAUCAAACGUGCACUAUCCGAAUCCGGUUGUCCGCCACACAUUUUAGAAGUAUUAAUGGAAAAGUGUCAUGAGAGACGAUGGCCACCUGGACUGAAUUCACUGGAAACACGACAAAACAACCGUCGGACGUACGAUAACUAUGUGUGUAGACGAAUUCCAGGUAAACAAGCCGUACUAGUGUUAAGCUGUGACAACCCGCAUAUGAGCGAUGACGUAAUGGUCGAACCAGGAUUAGUGAUGAUAUUUGCGCAUGGAGUCGAAUAACCAGCCCAAAUGCAGCGCAAUCCAACACAGAAAAAAAAACAAAGAAUCGACAGAGAUUAGGUUUUUAAUUCUAUUUUAAAUAUUAAAUUCAUUGUUUUUUUUUACAUUUAUUUUGAAAACAAACAAAAAAAAAACAAACGAAAAAAAAUAUGAGAGAAGAAACACAUUUAUUGGACACUCAGAAAAAAUGUUUACAUUUUUGUAUAGUAAUUCUCAAUUGCUCGAUUUCAUAGAUUUAGUCCGUUUCAUUCAUAGUCAGGAAAAAUCACCAUAUAGAACAGAACAUUUCAUAGACAUCAGUGUUGUUAAAUAGGCUGGACAAUUUUCCACUUUUGCUUAAGCUGUCGUAAGCCAAUACAAAUUAUCCAGCUGUCGAAUGACAUUAAACGCAUUCAUUGCUUAUGGUUGGCUUACGCUUACUUUCAGCAUAAGCCAGUGGAUAUACUACAGUGGCGUAAGCAUUUCCAUCACUGAUAGACAUGCAUCUAUUGUUUGAAUCGUCUUAUUUUCACUGUAUGUCUCUUGCUCUCCAAAAUUUAGACGAUAGCAUUUACAGUGCAGAUUUGCUUUUCGGUUGUGACAUACACUCAACAUUACCGCUAAGCACAUUUUGUGAAGAAUUCAAAUUAUUUCUUCGAUUGCUUGGUUUUAUUUUCUUUUUUUUUAACUUGAAUUGCUCAAUCAAAUCCCAAUCGAAUAAAUCGGAUUUAUUCGUGAGUAGAGCAUAGUGCUGAAAUAUCGUUCGGUGACUUCGUGUGUUUUAAAAUUUAUCGAUAUGCAGAGAAAUCUCAAUGCAGCUUUUCCAUGUGCGCAAUUCACACAAAUAUACACAUACGCACGAAUGAUCAUCAUCCGAAUAUGGUCCAUUGUAAAAAAAAAGAACCCAAAAUUAUUUAAAUUAGAUGAAAAUGUCAGAAACUACAUUUAGGAUGAAUUAUAAGUGAAAUGUAAAGUGAGAAACAAACAACAGAACUAAAUGAAUGCUAAAUUAAAUUCCUAGUUUAAGUCCAUUGU